AUGGCGGAAAGCUUGAGCACGAUUCUGCAUCGAGAAGUUGUUGUUACAGCCUCAACAGGAGUACGGUGGAAGGAAAUAACAGUGUAUACCGGUGCCUCCGCCAGCACCCUACAGGACAUCAAGGUACCUGAGAGUUGUGGUGGAUACUGCUACAGAGAUGUUGAGGGUACAGGACUGGAAAACUCACCUGUCAGAAACAGAUUCAUAUACUGGAGAGCCAACGAUGACACACUGGAAUUGGUAGAACAGUCACUGGACGUGAACCUGUCUGGGAACCAUGUGCGUUACAGGUUCCAGGACACGCCGAUACUCAACGGCAUCUCUGUCCAUGAAGCCCGCAACAGCCUCGUCAUCCUCGUCCCCACAGUGGCCAGCGUGCACAGACUUGUCUUUCCCCAUCCCCUCAAACUUGACAAAAGGGAGGCUAGAUUUGCCACGGACACAUCCCCACUGUCCAUCUUCUAUGACGCCACAGUUGCCACGGCAACAGAUGCCAAAAACAUGCACAUGUUGAACCCUAGCGGCAGCAUCACAGCCCAUCUACUCACUGCCGCCACUCACGUCACCAGUGAUGGAGAGGCACUCUUCGUCCUUGCCACAGAUGCAGGGGGGAUAAUUCAGGUCAAAAUGCCAGCCAUGGGUGUUCAAGGUGUUGUUCAGCAGCAUGAGCUGUCACAGUCCUCCAUGAUGCAGAAGUUGUGGAACGGCCUAGUUCCUGUCCUCAUCAGAGGGGUGCAGCAAGAUGCUGGAACAGCCACUGGCAUCGUCAUCCAUUCCAUUCACGGCGAGGAUUUCAUCUUCUGCGUGUGUCGGGACCACAAACUAAGGAUGUGGUCUGCUAAGACAAGAGAGUGCAUACUUGCCUACAACCUGCUGGAUUUCCUGUCCUCACGGGACCAGUCCUUGCCACCGGUCACCAGCACCUCCGGUCAUGUGAUAAAGAAGGUGAUCAACCCGAAAAACAACUCCUUCCAGCUGUGUGUCCAUCUUACUUUCCCCGACCAGAACCAGUUCUGCCUUGUGAAGCCGGUGUACAAUGACAGCAGGUUUCACAUCCAGCACCAGGCUACAGUGUUUGGACCCUUGGAAGAUCUAGUAGACUAUUGUGUGACGUCUGACAAACUCUACACGCUGUGGACCAGCCAAUCAGGGAGACAAUUUCUCGAGGCCGACAGUGAUGACACCGAGUCAUGGGUGGAGGUGUUGCUGCAGCCCCAGGAGGUGGCCGAUAUCCUCAUCCCUUCAUUCCGAGACCCCCGUGACGUUUACCUGGAGAGGAUCUUCCACCCAGGCAGGUUCUCCAGUCAAGACCUGCUCAAGGCUCUCAAUAAUCACAUGAGUAGUCCCAGAGGAUCGUGUACAGACGUUCCCUGGACACAGGUCUGCAGGCUGAGAGUAUCGUCAGCAUGUCCAACCUACGGGAGGAGGUUGUCAGCUGCUGUGGAGUCUGAGAUCAGGAACUGUGCCCUGGAUGUAGAGAUGCAGGAGGAGGACUACUACCAGCUGCAACUGGAACAGUGGAGCAAGUUCUACUCCUGCUGUAUACAGUACCAGGAGGUUGGUGCCAAAGUGAAAGGCUUGUUCUCGGACAGUGUCACCGGGCUGGUUUGCCUCAUCAGGAAGUCCCAGUUGUCCAGCUCUCAGCUGCCCACUGAUGACUGGAGCCUGGGCCAGGAUGUGAUGAAGCUGUGUGAAUGUGUGCGGGACAUCAGCAACGAGAUGACGGAAGAGCUGUCCACACAGUUCCACACCGAGGCUGGCAUGUUCGAGUCACCAGAAGAUGUGGUGUCACCCAUGGUUGACGCCCUCUUCUUCCCUCCAGGAGGUGACUCCUUGCUGGCCACGGAUGUGGGUGACCGUUUGGAGGAGAUACACAACCUGGUCUCAGCCCUGCGUGUCCUGCUCAAGAUCCUUGACCUCAGCAACCAAGAGGAAGACUUCAUGUUGGAUGACUCUGCUGUAGAUGCGUCCCGCCAGCUCAGCUGUAGCCAGCUGUUUACCAGCUCCUCCUCCUCAGCCAUCCUGGCUGUGUGCCUGGAGCAGAUGUGUACAACCCGGCUGUCAUUCUGCCGAGACCUCCUGGUGCUGCAGGUGGCCGCCAUCAAACUCGGAGACCAGCACGGACUGCGACCAGAUGUGUCCUCUGUCGUACGUGAAGACCUCAUCCCACUCACAGCAUCACUCAUACAGAGUUAUCUCCUCCUUGUAUGGGCUUCACAGUCAGUUGUCAUUGGCAACCAAAAUACUGCCCUGGAGUUCAAUGUCAGACAGCUGGCUGCACUGGAAAUCUCUGAUACAACAAACGUAACAUCAUCAAGGUCAAACUUACCAAGUGUCACCCUUGCUGAGCUGUUCAUCCAAGGUGUGGGCGGGGCCCAGGGGCGCUCCAUGCUGGCCCAGAUUCCCAGCAUCGACUAUCGGAGCAAGGCCGUCUGGGCUCAGCAUCUGGUCCCUCUUGUCAGAACACUUGCAAAGAUCAUAUGGCCGAUGUGUGACAACUUCCUGUUCCCAGAAUUCCUUGUAGGAUCAUGUCAGUACCUUCACCUACAGGAGUAUGUCCGUCUGCUGAGCAGCUGGUGUGAGUGGAACGUGGCAUCAAGACGCUUCCUGCUUGGACUGUGUUACCUGCAUUUUGAUGAGCCCCAGAAAGCAGCCCAGUGUUUCACCCAGGCCGGCAGUGGGGUCGGCAAUGAGACGUUCCUGAGUCAGAAACUACUGCAAACAGACGAGGAUGAGUUUCACAAGAUGGAGGUCCUAUACUAUCUCAAGGUGAUCCGUCAGUUUGAGGAGUUCAACCUCCCGGACAUGGUCAUCCAGCUUGCCAAGACAGCAAUCGGAGCAGCCAGUGAGGAGGAUGAAAAUCUGGCAACUUUAUGGUCCAAAGUGUUCAAGUAUCAUCUGGAGCUAGGUCACAACGAGGAUGCCUACGGAGCCAUGAUCGCCAACCCAGAACCAUCCAGACGAAAGGAUUGUUUGCGGCAGCUGUUGGUCGUCCUGUGUGAGAGAGGUGAUCUACAGGCCCUCGUGGAGUUCCCCUACAUCGACCUACAGGAUGAGGUUGUGAAUAUACUAGAGAGCAGAGCUAGGUCCGUCGACCUCGUCACCCACAACUACUACAACCUUCUCUACUCCUUCCACAUCUACAGGAACAACUUCAGGAAAGCUGGACACGUGAUGUACGAACACGGGAUGCGACUGGGGCGUGAGCUGCCGGGCCUGAAGGGCUUACAGAGACAGGCUCAGUGCUACCUUGCUUCUCUCAAUGCUCUCCGUCUUGUCCGACCAGAGUAUGCCUGGAUUGUCAAGCCUGUCUCCAUGUCCAAAUACACUGAGCAGGUAUCAGAUGAUGAUGAGGAGCCAGGUAUCUCCCCCAAGCAUGGUCUGGAUGGAGCAGAGAAGGAGGCACACAGUCUGACACGGAAGAUGGAGAUUAUGGAGCUGGUGGACAUUGAGAAGGAAUACAUCUUGGUUGAUGCUCGUCUCCGCCUCAUCCGCAGAAACCCAGACCCUUCUCUUGCUUCAGGUCCAACUCCAGGCCCAGAUGAGAUGGUGGGUCUCCUUGUGAACUCAGGGCUGUUUGACCGAGCCAUCAUUGUGGCCAAGUACUUCAACCUCACACUCAACACUGUCUUCGAGAAUCUGGCACUCAGAUGUGUGCACCUGGCCAAGGGAAGCAACUACUUCAUGAUUGGAGACAAUGACCAGACGUCGGAGGCGUGGGACUGGUUGCAGGAAAACCAUUUCAAUGCUGGGACCGUUCAGAGGGACAAAAGUGCAGCGGACCAGGCAUGGACCCUGCUCCAGAGUUACCUGAGCAGCUACGAGGACAACACCACCCGCUACCACAGAUGUGUAUCUGAGAAGCUGUUGUCUCAUGGCUUCGCCCUGCCCACCUGGUUCAUCAACACUUACAAGGAGCUGAACUGUGCGGAGCUGCUGCGAGUGUAUAUUGACUACGACCUACUGGAAGAGGCUGCAGCACUGGCCACUGAGUACAUCCACGCAGUGACAGACACACUUGCUGGGGUAGACAGGAUCAUGUUUGAUCUCAAGGGUUGUCGACUAAAUGCCCAGUGUGUGUGGUUGCCGUAUGUCUGCAUUGACCAACUCCUCGCUGCACUGCACGAUCACCAGGAACAAAUAACAUACAAGAAGAUUUAUGAGGACUUGAAGCAAACUGUUACCAGAUAUCAAGAUCGUGUUGAAAGAGACAGCCGAGACCUUUCCAGAACGUGAUAAAUGUUUCCUCCAGAGUGUAAUUUGUGACUAUGUACUAAUUUGUUAAGUGAAUACCUGUGUCAUCAUCCCAUCAUGGGGACAUGAGAACAGCUGUUACAUGUGACGAAGGACAAUGUCGAGACUUCACACACAGAAUCAUCAGGAUCAUGACAUCAUCUUUUACAUCAUGGCUGAAUCAAAGCAUCAUGACAAAUUCAAUAAAACUACAAUGUAAUUAUCAUCUGUAAAAUAAAUUUCAUAUUUGUCAAAA